UCUUUUUUUCUGAACAAUCAAGCCAAGUUACAUUUGGGUUAUCAAUGGUUACAGAUAAUCUAAAUAAAAAUUAUGAUCGAAUUUUUGAAGAACUGCUUUUGGAAAAGAAAAAUAAAUUUGAUAUUAGUGAUAUUCAUCAAAAG